AUGACCGAGUGGGAGACAGCAGCGCCGGCCGCCAAAACCCCGGACAUCAAGCUCUUCGGCAAAUGGUGCACGGACGUGCAGAUUAAUGACAUCUCCCUGCAGAACUACAUCGCCAUCAAGGAGAAGUACGCCAAGUACCUGCCGCACAGCACGGGCCACUACGCCGCCAAGCGCUUCCGCAAGGCGCAGUGCCCCAUCCUGGAGUGCCUCACCAACUCCACGAUGAUGCAGGUCCGCAACAACGGCAAGCAUGCCUUCGAGAUCAUCCACCUGCUCACCGGAGAGAACCCACUGCAGUUUCUCGUGAAUGCCAUCAUCAAUAGUGGUCUUCGUGAGGAUUCCACCAGGAUCGAGCUGGCAGGGACCGUGAGGCGCCAGGCAGUGGAGGUGUUCCCCCUGCGUCGGGUCAACCAGGCCAUCUGGCUCCUGUGCACCGGUGCCCGAGAGCCCCCCCUCCGCAACAUCAAGACCAUCGCUGAGUGUCUGACUGAUGAGCUCAUCAAUGCUGCCAUCAAGAAGGAGGAGCUGGAUCGAGUGGCCAAGUCCGACCGCUGA